AUGGAUCACAAGAACUUCGAGCCAGACACCAUGAAGGGUGAUCUGAAGAAGGGCGCCGCGGCCGCGACGCACCAGAGCGGAGGAAAGAUACCAUACCCCAAGCACAUCUGGUCACCGGCAGGCGGCUGGUAUUCACAACCCGCGAACUGGAAGGCAAACACCGCGGUUAUGGGAGCAGUCAUCAUAGGCAUAACAGCAAUUGCAUGGAGCGUUAGCGCGGAGAGAGAGGUGCGGACAAGGUUUCCGGAGCCGGACAGGUUCUUCCCAAGUCGAAACUGGAGCCGGCAAAUCAUCGAGCACGAGCGGGCGCAGAAGGGAUUAUAG